AUGUCGGUGUUGUAUGAGGACGAGUUUGUUUCCGUGAACGAAUGCGCUGUCCAAAUCAAAAACUACCAUUUUCCCUCCAAAAAGACCAAGAUCAUCCCUGUCGAAUUGAUACGAAUACUUUGGUUCGAGGAGCAAGAAACCAGUAAAUGUCCGAUGAAAAUCUGGGGCAAAACUCCGACAGCAAUUUACUGGGCACUUGAUGUGAAGAGAACUUCCAGAUGUAUUCCUGGAGUGGCACGAGAUAAGUUCAACGUGGUCCUCGAUGUGGGUCAAAAAGUCCGGGUCGGCUUUACUGUAGCCGAUGGCAUAAGUUUCAUGGAAGCAAUGCGAGCCGUACUUGACUAUCAUGUUAUCAUCGUGGAUUCUAUAAACAUUUAA